AUGUCUAAACUUGUCUUCUAAGAAUUAAUUAAAGCAGAACUUAAUAAUUUUACAACGUUUAUUACUGUUGUAAGUGUAACAGAGUAAUAAAAUACCUUUGUUUUAGAUGAACUUUAUAAAAUGAGGCAUUUAAUGCUGUUAAAUGAAGUUUUGGCGGCCCCUGCUGUUUAGUGGUGAACUGCAGUUACGCUACGUUUGGUCUUUCUGAGCCACCGUACCUCAGCAGCGGUCUGUGUGUUCCUGUGCUGCGGAAAUUAAAAUAUUAUAGGAUUUCUCCUGAAAUCUAUGAAAGAGGUGAAACACAAGCCAUCCUGAGGAAUCUCCAGAACACGCAUAAAUUGUUUGAUACAUUUAACAGACAGAGGAAACAGAGGAAAGUCCCGACAUGGAGAAACAUCAGCACUCUGUCAAGAGUUUUACUAAACAGAGUGAUCUCAAAAAACACCAGCGCAUUCACACAGGAGAGAAACCGUAUUACUGCUCAGACUGUGGGAAGAGUUUUACUCAACAGAGUACUCUCAAAAUCCACCAGCUCAUUCACACAGGAGAGAAACCGUAUCACUGCUCAGACUGUGGGAAGAGUUUUACUCUACAGAGUACUCUCAAAAUUCACCAGCGCAUUCACACAGAAGAGAAACCGUAUCAAUGCUCAGACUGUGGGAAGAGUUUUAAUCAACAGAGUACUCUCAAAAUACACCAGCGCAUUCACACAGGAGAGAAACUGUAUCACUGCUCAGACUGUGGGAAGAGUUUUACUCAACAGAGUACUCUCAAAAAUCACCAGCGCAUUCACACAGGAGAGAAACCGUAUUACUGCUCAGAGUGUGGGAAGAGUUUUAAUCAACAGAUUAAUCUCAAAAUACACCAGCGCAUUCACACAGAAGAGAAACCGUAUUACUGCUCAGACUGUGGAAAGAGUUUUACUACACAGAGUAAUCUCAAAAAUCACCAGCGCAUUCACACAGGAGUGAAACCGUAUUACUGCUCAGACUGUGGGAAGAGUUUUACUCAACAGAGUACUCUCAAAAUCCACCAGCUCAUUCACACAGGAGGGAAACUUUAUCACUGCUCAGACUGUGGGAAGAGUUUUACUCUACAGAGUACUCUCAAAAUUCACCAGCGCAUUCACACAGGAGAGAAACCGUAUCAAUGCUCAGACUGUGGGAAGAGUUUUAAUCAACAGAGUACUCUCAAAAUACAUCAGCGCAUUCACACAGGAGUAAAACCAUAUUUCUGCUCAGACUGUGGGAAGAGUUUUACUCAACAGAGUAAUCUCAAAAAACACCAACGCAUUCACACAGGAGAGAAACCGUAUCACUGCUCAGACUGUGGGAAGAGUUUUACUCAACAGAAUCAUCUCCAAAAACACAAGUGCAGUAACACAGGAGAGAAAACUAUCCCAAAUUUGUUUCACGGCAAUUAAAAGUGCAAAUCCUAAAUCUUUCAGACAGAACACCUUAUCCUACACUAAUGUAUUACUCUAUCACUUGGGACACGUUCCACCAGAAACAAAUAUGAACUGAAUUUAACAAUCGAUUUUACAGGUUCAGCAAAAUUAUUCUUAUCCAGGGAUGAUGUUUAUUGAAUUUCAUGUUAUGUUUUCUUGAAUGUUCGAUAUUCCAGAACAUUCUGCGUGAGACAGAGCUCAGUUUUUAGGGUAGUUACAGUAAGAGUUCAGCUCUGAAGAAGGGAAUGUCUUUCAAGUUUGAACUACGGCAUUGCCAGAGCUUGCUCCAGACAUUAGAUUAGCAUUAGAUUAACAUAGUCUUUAACAUUUAGAUGUCAUAGUUGUUAGGAGGAGAGUAGGAUUCUUGCAACUAUACGAUUUUGUUGCUGGAACACCCACUACACCCACUUUGCCUAUUUUUGGUGGCCUAAUGUAAUUUAAUAACUUUCCCCACCUGAACACACACAUACCACAAACCCCAUCCAGGAUGCAUUGGAAUUAGAAUAAAAGCCUUUGAUGACUCUUUUCACAACUCAAACUUACAUUUCAAAUUACAUAUCUGACUUUUUCAUCUCUCCAGUCCUCUCAAGAGACCUAAAUGCUAGUUGGGUAAACCUUGUACAUAUUCCUCCAGCAAACACUAAUUCAGACAACCGUCAAACUUUGGACUUCUACGACCUAUAAUAGUCACCAUCUGUGACUGUCUGCCAAAUGAGGUGGACCAACAGUGCCAUCACCAGGACGAAGACCCAACUGCAAAUAUAAUAUAAUUCAACUUGCUAAAAUCCACAGAAACGCAAUCCACAAAGAGUUACUGCAAUUUAAGAGUUUAUGCUUGGUUAUUCCUGCAAAGCAUUGAGAAAAUAAGACUCAUUUAGUUAAAAGAAAUGUUCAAAGCUUUGGAUUCCAUUCCUUGCCUUGUAAGCUGAAAUUCUGUGGUGUAAACUGAUCUCUCUCACACCCGUCAUAAAUUCUGAUCAACAGACUAAGAGCCAGGCAAAGAGAAUUUUUCGCAAAGAUGAACAAAUAAGAAUAUACAUUAACUAACUAAAAAGUUAUUUUACAGAAUAUUUACUAAAUAAUAUGCCACUUCUGGUAUAUGGGUUUAGAUGCUGUCCUGAUUAAAUUUUCAUACACAGUCAAGUCUGAAUCAACAGAUUUAACUAGCAUUUGAUAAUUUUGCUUUAUUUGGUUAUCAGUGGUUUAACCAUGUUUGUGUUAUCUUUUCAGUUAUUUAACUGGGUUUAAAUAAAAACAUGACUGUUUUCUUUUUGACAAGGUACCAUCCUUUGUUUCUUACUUCAGGAUUAUCUGGAAUGUUACCAACCUGUUUGUAGGAAAAACACAUAAUUUACAUUUAUUGAGACUCAAUUCUAAGAUUGUUUUCCUUGAAUUGAUCCUCAUGAAUCGGUACGCUGAAUAUUGUAUUUUGAUCCACUGUUUGAUUGAGUUUUGUUUUGGUUUAGUCUAUUAAUUCAAAAAAUAUGAAAUCUCAGAAAUUGCUCCAAAACCAAUGAAAACACAGACACGUAGGUUGCUCCUCCCCCAAAGCCCACAGAGCCAAUGGUAGCCUUAAGGUCCAAACAGAUUCAGUCAGAGAGUGACAGACAGAGUAGCGGUGGAGAAUAAAAGUGGAGAGUGUCCAGGAUUACGGAUGGAUCAGUUCAGUUCAAUCUUUAGUGGUUGUUGAGGAGUUUGGAGUUUAGCUCCUUUGGUUUAGCUUAGCAUUUUAGCUUCAGUUUAGCAAUAGCUUAGCAUUCUUAUUGCAACUCAUUUAACCUUCUUUAAGCAUAUUAAUACUAGCUUUCUUAGUUAAGACAACUAAAGCAAUUUUACGAUCUACGAAGCCACGCAUUAUGCAUACAAAGUUUCAGCUGAAUAGAGACCGUCAGACUCAACCCAGAAGCCACCAGUCCGGAAGCGACCAGCAAGCCAGCUGAGAGCGAAGGGAUUUUCCCGUGGGUUCUGAAGGGGCUCCGUGCUGACACCAGGAAGUCAAACCAUCUUGCAGACAGACUCACGUGAUUCUUUCUCAGGGUGAAGAAACAGACGACCACGCUACAGACGGACGGCACCAAUGCAGGCCCACUUUAACGUCUCAGAGUAAGGCAGAGCUGACAAAUGGUUUUGUGCUGGUCAUAGUUUGGUUGAAUCCAUUAUAAAUCUCCCUGUAGUAUAGACAACUUCUUUUCAGUUGCUUGGUUGUAAAUAAGAACCGGCUUUGUAGACUUAAAAUAACUUAGUUCAUCCUUUAGAAAUCCCAACUUAAUAAUUUCCAUUAGUCUGACAAGUUAUUCCUUUCUAUAACGAUAUUAUAACAUGAUUUUAUUUUAAAUCUCAUUUACCUUCAUGUGAUUUGAUAUCUAAUGGCUACAUUUAUGACUUUUUAAUGGAUUAUUAACUCAUAUCUGUGUGAUUUAAUAAAAUUCUUUUUAUAUUACAAAACCUGUAAUUUCAGUGU